CGCGCUCAUCGAUAGGGAAAAAGGUAUACACUCCACAGACGCGAUAAAAGAUGUAUUUUCUCCAAAAUUAUAAUAUCAUUUGUUACUAAAUUUGUGACAAGCCCGAAAUUUAGGAUAGCUAGCAUCAUUUUGGUCUCAUCAGCCCAUCCAAGGAUGCUGGCUUCCAUGAAUAUAGCUCUGGUUUCCUCCCAUGGUUGCCGUGGCCUCACUACAUCACUGUCCCUGCUGCGCACAUUGGCAGCAACUCGUGCUAGUCCCAAUGCUGCCAGUUGCGGCAAUUACUUUGCUCCUCGGCGUUCUUUGAGUUCGAAGAGCAGCGCGUUCCCUCGUGAAUCCUCAAUAACAGACGUUACAGUCACAAAAACUGCAACUAAUUCUGCUGAAAAUGGGUAUCCUCAAUAUCAUCGUUUGCUACCAUGUCCCUUAUUCAAUGAACCACCACGAGUUGAACAUAUGGUUGUUCUGGAAGGGGGACCUGUUAUGGAAUACAUCUGUAAAUCAUUGGACCUUCCUCCACUGUAUGUUGCAGAUCUGAUUCAUUUUGGUGCAGUAUAUUAUGCCCUAGUAUGCCCACAGCCUCCACAAACUGCAACCCCCGAGCAAAUUAGACUAUUCAAAAAAUUUACAGAACCAUCAUUUUUGAAAGGGCGAAGAUCUAUCAAAGGGAAAACUGUGAGAGAAGCACAGAAGACUUUCCGGAUAACUCACAUUGAUGAGUUUGUAGAAGUUGGAACGUACUUGCGUGUUCACGUGCAUCCCAAACGCUUUCCAAGGUGUUAUGAAAUUGAUUGGAAAUCAAGAAUUAUCGCUGUGACAGAAUCCUAUGUGGUUUUGGACAAACCUGCUGGUACAUCGGUUGGAGGCACUACUGACAACAUUGAAGAAAGUUGUGCUACCUUUGCAACUCGUGCUUUAGGAUUAACAUCUCCCUUGUGGACUACCCAUCAGAUUGACAACUGCACUGAAGGCUGCGUCAUUCUCGCAAGGACAAAAGAAUAUUGCUCCAUCUUCCAUCGUAAGAUCAGAGAGAAAAAGGUUAUGAAGCUUUAUCUUGCGCUUGCUGCUGCUCCUGUGCCAAUGGGAAUAAUAACACACUACAUGCGGCCAAUUAAUAUGGCUCCCAGACUCGUUUCAAAAGAUUGUAUUGAUGGAUGGAACCUGUGUCAGCUUGAGGUGUUGGAAUGUAGAGAGGUUUCAUGGCCGGAUGCUGAUAUUGAAGCAAAAUACUGUAUUGAAGAUUGUGGAUGGCCCUUGAAAAAGAAAGCAUAUGAAUGUAAAAUCAACCUCUUGACUGGUCGGACACAUCAGAUUCGAGCACAGCUGGCUGAUUGUGGAGCACCAUUGGUUGGUGAUUCCAUGUAUAUGCCUGCUGCGGUUGCAGAGAUGGCUAGUCCUGGGUUGAAUCCAUUUGGAAAAUGUAAGAAAGAGUAUAUGAGUGAAGAAGAUAAAGGAAUUGCAGUAGCAGAGUGGAUUGCUCUGCACGGAAAAGAACCAGCCGUUGCUAUUGGACUGCAGGCUUAUGAGAUUUCAUGGGAUUCAGGUAAACAUAUUUACAAUGCUGGGACUCCUUGGUGGAAGCAGGAGCAAUUAUAGCUCAAUAUUGAGACCAAACCAUCAUUUUACAUUACCAACAUUCCCCGAAUCUUUAAGGUUAUUUCAACUACCCACCGCACAAACAGAAAAGAGUUGAGAAAGAUGCUCUUUAGUUUGUAUUGCUCUAAAAUCAAGUCUUUGGCUUACAAAGAUAUCAUAACCAUAUAUAACCCAGCUUAGAAAGUUAACAAACGAAACCAACAGCAUUCAAUUAUUAAA